AUGGCUCCUGAAAACCUAAGGCAAGUUUUGGUGGAAAUUCCAAACCCUCAGCCUAAGAUUGCUGUCCAUCUUCGCAGGUCUUACGAAGAAAUUCUGAGCUCUACAAGAUCACCAAUGCGGUUACCAGCACUUCAUGCCAAUGUUCCUCCAAUGUCUUUUCUGAGAAGAGAGAAUGACCCAACAGCACAAGAUAUUUCUGAAGUCUCGUCGCUCAACAGAAGAAAGUUUGGAGCUAGAAGAACAUGUUCAUCAACUUUCAUCAGUGAUAAAAAUCCUUCGGAAAAUGGCAGUGAGAAAGAAUCACCUUUCAAGAAACGACGACUACAUUUUAAGCCAGAUGGAAAUUUGCAAGUCAAACUGAAAGAUUUUCUAUCAUCUCAGCUAGUACAGACUCUGUUGCACCAAUAUCCAGCAAUUGAUGAUGAGGACGUGAAAUUGGUUCUUCCAUCAUUGAUCUUGAAAUGUGCUGAGAAGCAGCUGGAUGUAAUCAAAAGCAAUGUUUUUCGUUCUAUACCACGAUGGCGCUUGGGUUCCAACAGAGAUGCCUACUGCUAUCAUAAAGCACAUAAUCAUCUUCAGGUUUUCAAGAGAACAUGCUUGGAACAAGGAAAGCUAUUAUUGCAAGCAGGAUGCUGGGAAACUUCAUUAAACUAUACGCUGAUUGCGUGGCGGUAUACCAGUGAGCUUCCACACUGGGAUAACAGCUUCCAUAAUGAAAGUACACAACAGUGUUUUACACUUUUAGCUGCUCAGGGCACAACUGCCUUACAAAGAAGCUCUCUGGAGCUGGAGAAGUAUAAACAACUUAGGAAAAGACUGAAAAUUGCAUAUACACAAAACAAACUGGUCAAACCCUGCCUUGAAGAAUUGGAUAGUAUGAUUGUGGACCUGGAAUGCAGUUCUUCAGAACAUAAAACCAUCUUACCUAAAUGCUUGAAAUGUGACAUAUAGCAUGUCCAUAGUCAGAAAAUCCUAUGGUUUAGGAGGGAAAUGGUGGCUCCAGUCCACUUUGGUUUGUUGCAAAAAGUUUAGAUUUAAUCUCAGAUCUGUUUGCUCAAAAUGGUAUGUCCAGAUCAGAGUACUUUCCAUUUGAAUGGAUGCAGUACAACAAUAUGGAAAGUUGGAAUUAAAGGGAGAUCCCUUUGGAGUUUGAACAAAUGAUGAGUUUUCUGGAGGAAAUAUUUUUUUCUAAUUGUUUUGGAAAGUUAAGACUGGAGCUGGUAGCCUGUGUCCUCCAAUUCAAGUUGUUUACUCUAAAUGGAAGAAUAGCUUGUGAUUUUUAACCUCAAAAUGGAAACUGCAGUAUUGUCUUGACAGUAGGAUCUUGUGGAGGUUUGCGUGAGUUUUGGUACUCAUUGUCUUGGCUAUUUCUGAAUGGAUUUUUUCAACAGAAAUUU